AGUUGUAGUCCGGCCGGGACGGUGCCAUGGCCACCAAGCGUCGCGGAGCGGCAGCGCCGGCGGCGGCGAAGCGCGGGAGGCGCGGGGCGCGCGCAGAGCUGAGCGCGGCCCUCGGGGACGCGGAGCUGCGGGAGCGCGCGGGGGCGGCCUGGGCCCGCGGGGAGCGGCUGCGGCACGAAGCGGUGGUGCUGGAGCCGGCCCCGUUCCGGCACGGUGUCAUUCCCGGUUUUCUGGCGGGCCCGGCUUUCGCGGAGGCGCUGCGGGAUGAACUGCAGGGUCUCGGCUUCCGCGGGCGGCGCAAUGACCUCCUGUCGCUGCAGCAGUCCGAGGAGCUGGGGGCAAGCCCGGAGCCCCACGUCGCUGCCCUGAGGCGUGCUCUGUGUGAAGAAUUCCAAGUGUGGCUUUCUGCUGUGACCCAGAUAGUGCUGGAGCCAACUAUUGACAUAUCCUGUGCUAAAUAUGAGUAUACUGAUGUGCUGCUGUGCCACGAUGAUGAACUGGAAGGUCGGAGAAUCGCUUUCAUCCUGUACCUCGUCCCACCCUGGGAGAAAAGUGACGGGGGAACGUUGGAUCUCUACAGCACAGACGAACACUUUCAGCCACAGCAAAUCACCAAGUCAUUAGUGCCUUCAUGGAACACGCUGGUUUUCUUUGAAGUGUCUCCAGUCUCUUUCCACCAGGUGUCGGAGGUUCUGUCGCGCAAGUGCCGCCUGUCAGUGAGCGGUUGGUUCCACGGCCCGCCCCUGCCCAGACCUGCACGGCACAUUGAAACCCCCCUGGCCAGGAGCCCACACAUCCCCUAUGAUCAUGAAAUACUGUAUGAAUGGAUCAAUCAAGUUUAUUUGGACCUGGACUCCCAAGCUCAAAUCCAGGAGGAAUUUGAGGAGCGAUCAGAAAUUCUCCUGAAAGACUUUCUUAAGAAAGAGAAAUACCAACUACUAUGUGAAGCAUUGGAGAACAAAGAGAUCCAGUGGAGUAGUCGGGGGCCAGCCAAUAAAAGACUCUAUGAGGCAGCUGAGGAAGACAGCCUCCCAGACACCCUGAAGAAAUUCCUGCAGCUGCUGCGCUCUGAGGCCUUAUUUUUACUGCUUUCCAACUUCACUGGCCUAAAGCUGCACUUCCUGGCUCCCUCUGAUGAGGAUGAAGAUGCUGGGGAGGGACAAGCAGCAGACACCAGCAGUCCCAAACCUGAGCAGGAAGAGACUGAACAAGCAGCUAAUGGCAAUUCCCAUCAGCCACACCAGCCUGAGAACACCCCUGAAGCACAGGACGGCGAGGCACAGAGCAGCUCAGGCACCCCUGUGUGUGCAGGAGAGCUGCGACGCUGGACCCACAGGUACUACACUCUUGUCCACGACUCUCAGGCCACAGAAUUUGCUCUUGACCUGCUCUUCUUCUGUGGCUGUGAAGACUGGGAUCCUGAGUAUGGUGGCUUUACUUCCUACAUUGCAAAAGGUGAAGAUGAAGAGCUAUUGACAGUGAAUCCAGAGGACAACUGCUUGGCCUUAGUUUAUAGAGACAAAGAAACAAUGAAGUUUGUGAAAUACAUCAACCAUCGAAGCUUGGCACGCCUGAACAAGCAUCCAAACAGAACAGGAUUUUGGGAUUUUUCCUUUGCCUAUUAUGAGUGACGGUGUAGUGUGCCCACUGUCAACAGAGAACAGUGGUGUGUGGUGGGCAGGUUCCUACCCAGAUGUCCAGCUCUGAGCUAAGCACAGACAAACUUUGCUCAUGCAACUCCAUCACACUGCAUAAUGUGUGGGCAGGUCGUUUUUUUAACUGCAAAAAGGGGAAUUCAGUCUUCUCCCGGGUCCAUUGUAACACUCUCAACUGCUUUUAAUGCUCUUUGGGGGAGGUUGUCACACAACUGUUACCUUUCCAGCUGUUCUCUCAUGGGAGCAGCACAGUGGCAUCUCUGACCCAUCAGGGUGAGAAUUACAACUGUCCAUUGCCCCAAGCUGACUGAUUUUAUUAAAAAAAAAAAAAAGGAAA